CCCCGAUUCCCCUACACAGUAAAUUCAAGCUUAAUACCCCGUUGAACACCCUCGAUUCCCCCAUCCCUCAUUUCUUCCUUUUCCCGUCUAUCUGAUCGCGUCCUAUCUGAUCCGAUCCACAUUUGCCCUCCCCAUUUCGGCCCACGCAAAACGUAAUCCAGGACAGGGGUCAAAGUGUGAAGAGCAAGACGAGCACCGGCUAAUCAUCUAUCCAUCAUCCCUCGUCUCACGCGCAGUCGCAUAUACACGAAUACACAUCCUCAUCUUCACUUAUCCCUGCUGCCGACCGGCGACACUGGAUUUCGCCCAUCACAAAAUCUGCCACUGACGAGGCCGCCUAACACCAUCACCCGGCGUGCUUUCUCACGACACUUUGAGUCUCUUCGUUCCAUCGCAAAUUUCUUCUUUUAUCCUGCACGACCCCGAAAUGGGUCUCCCUCUCUUCGUUGCCCCCGUCGACUCCGACAUUGAGCCCAACUCACCGGAGAAGGUUCCUGAUGUACCGCCGCGGACUUCCAUUCGUAGGAGUCGUCGCCCGAACAACCGCGAGAGCCGCACCCUUCGCCGUCGCGCCGCUUUCCUCAGGGAAUCUUUCCCGACAUAUGACCUCGAGGCGCCGUCUAUCCGCUUUGCGCAGCCAUGGGAUAGCGCCGGCUUUCCCCCGCCUUCUGACCCGCCGGCCCGCUACCCCUGGAUAGAGUCCGGCCAGCCGCCACCCCCAGAAGCUUAUCGUUCCAACCCGGCCGCUCCGCGUCCGGCACAUGGAGCUCACAGAAGUGGUCGCACAGCACGUGCGCGUGUGGGAACCAGUUCUGAAAACCCCACCAUCGCGAGCCUUCUGGGGGACCGGUAUGCGGUGGUUCAGACAAGGACCAGCGUCAGUCCUCCACCGGAAGGGGCGCAACCGUCAAGCCGGUCGAGAUUGGUGUCCCGUCAUGCAAGGCCGGGCGACAUGGAUUUGUCCGAUGUCGAUGGAUAUCGUCGUGAUCGUAUCGCCCCCUCAGUAGCUGCUCGCUUUGACCGCAGCCCUGACCGAGGAUCCCUCGGAUCCCUCAGGUGGCUACAAUCCUCCGAGAGCUCAGCGUCCAGGCGAGAUCGGCUUUCUCGGGCGACGCACCGGCACGGCUCGCAUCGUUCUACCGGCCUGGAUGGACUCGGAGACCGCACGAGGAGUUUAAGCCCCGAGGUCUGGGAUACCCUCCUCACCACGCUCACCCCCGAUCCUCAGCCGCCUAGUGUGGAAUCGUCAUUCACAUCGGCCUCAGCUUCCGCCUCUGCCUCCACGUCUCAGCACCAGGGUGCCGCAACAUCAUCCCGGACCUCGUUCCCCAUACCAGACAUGGCGUAUGAUCAUGUGGGGGAACAUCCUUGUGAGAACUCGGACAGUGAAUACGAUGAGCCCAUGGGUGCGAUGUUUGACGGCUUGGAUCGUCUCGAUAUGUCGUUUGUCGACUUCCCGGUCCGUCGCGCACGACGUUUAUUCAUCCCUUCAAACGCCCAUGACAGCGAAAUGGAGUGGGAGGCGGCACGUCGGGCAGUGGUCGCCCGGCUCUGGCCGAGUGAACCUGGACGAGGGUACCUGGACGAGUGAACCUUUGCACGAGAAGCUCAUUGUAUGCGUGCUGGCAGCUGGACCCGAACUUGUUGUACACGUUAUGAUGUCUGUAUUGGAUACCUUAGAUGCAGGGAAUAUGCUGGAGAAGACGACAUGAGUGUCCUCUACCGCGUUAUACUGCGCCCUCACCAUAGAAGGAUAAUGAAUCUCCAACUGUCCGGAUGCGGGUGCUAUCCGGGCUAGGAUGCCAUUGUUGCUGC